UGGAUUGUUCUGCCGGGCCCGGUCGGCGGGAUCAGCACAGCCCGGUCCGCGGCCCCGGCCACCAGCGGGGACUAUGACCCGGAAAGCGCGGCGCUGCCUCGGCCACCUCCUCCUCAGCCUGGGCAUGGUCUACCUGCGGAUCGGUGGCUUCUCCUCGGUGGUAGCUCUGGGCGCAAGUAUCAUCUGUAACAAGAUCCCAGGCCUGGCUCCCAGACAGCGGGCGAUCUGCCAGAGUCGGCCGGACGCCAUCAUCGUCAUAGGAGAAGGCUCCCAAAUGGGCCUCGACGAGUGUCAGUUUCAAUUCCGCAAUGGCCGCUGGAAUUGCUCAGCGCUGGGGGAGCGCACUGUCUUCGGGAAAGAGCUCAAAGUGGGGAGCCGGGAAGCGGCCUUCACCUAUGCCAUCAUUGCUGCUGGCGUAGCCCACGCCAUCACAGCCGCCUGCACGCAGGGCAACUUGAGCGACUGUGGCUGCGACAAGGAGAAGCAAGGCCAGUACCACCGAGACGAGGGCUGGAAGUGGGGCGGCUGCUCCGCCGACAUCCGCUAUGGCAUCGGCUUUGCCAAGGUCUUCGUGGAUGCCCGGGAGAUCAAGCAGAAUGCCCGGACUCUCAUGAACUUACACAACAACGAGGCGGGCCGCAAGAUCCUGGAGGAGAACAUGAAGCUGGAGUGUAAGUGUCACGGGGUGUCUGGCUCCUGCACCACCAAGACAUGCUGGACCACACUGCCGCAGUUUCGCGAGCUGGGCUAUGUGCUCAAGGACAAGUACAACGAGGCCGUCCACGUGGAACCCGUGCGCGCCAGCCGCAACAAGCGGCCCACCUUCCUGAAGAUCAAGAAGCCCCUGUCCUACCGCAAGCCCAUGGACACAGACCUAGUGUACAUUGAGAAGUCGCCUAACUACUGUGAAGAGGACCCAGUGACGGGCAGCGUGGGCACGCAGGGCCGGGCCUGCAACAAGACAGCCCCCCAGGCCAGCGGCUGUGACCUCAUGUGCUGCGGCCGUGGCUACAACACGCACCAGUAUGCCCGCGUGUGGCAGUGUAACUGCAAGUUCCACUGGUGCUGCUACGUCAAGUGCAACACGUGCAGCGAGCGCACCGAGAUGUACACGUGCAAGUGAGCGGCCGCUGGGCCGCCGCAGGCAGAUGGCCGAGAGGACCCGGCUCCUCCGAGCUGCAGUGUCCCUGAGGCCACUGCCUGAAUACUCACAGGGAGCCACAGAAGCACUGAGCUUGUCUUUUCUGCUGAGAGGGGGCCUGUGGGAAGAAUGUCUCAGAGCCUUAGCCCAUUCUGUUCCACAUCCAAUGCUGCUCCACCCUUCCCCAGACACCGCCCAGGACAACUCCGUGGCGGGAACAAAGUUUUCUGCGGCAGGAGCUCUGGAUCCCUGGGCCUCGUCAUAGCAAUAUUUAACAAUUUAUUCUGAUAAGAAAUAAUAUUAAUUUAUUUAAUUAAAACAGAAUUCUUCCAA